AUGACUGCGACGGUAGCCCCACCUGCUGCAGCAUCUGUCUGUGAUGGUCAGGGUGUUGAGAAGCGUGCGCGACGCUUUUCAAGUGCCUGCAGCUGUGUUGGCAUUGCUCCAGUCACGACUACGACUAGUGUCGCUGCAGUUUCAUCGACCAGUGCCGCUGCAGGUUCAGUUCCAAUUGCACUCGGCCAAGUUGCAACAGGACAAAAUGCUGUUUUGUGCAUUCCCAGCGACAGCUUCGCCUACGCCUACAACGCCGAUGCAGGCUUCGAUUUCAUUCAGCCCGACCGCGUCACGAUCGGCACAUCGUAUACCGUCCCUCAAGCUGGCAACAUCGUCUCUGCAACAUUCUUCGAUGGAUACUCGGGAGGCAAACAGGCGUUCCAGGUGUGGCGACAGACAAACCUGUACAGAUACACCCUCAUCGGUGUCAGCGAGACUCUCGAUUCUAAUGGGUCAGGGCAGGUGCGUUCUUUUGUCCUUGCCCAGCCCAUUCCUGUUCUGGCUGGAGAUUGA